UCAAAGUAUAGUGUUAGGAUGCCCCAGCUGAGCUUUCCCCUAGCCCCAGGUCUCCGGGCAGCCCUGAACUGGACUGGGACCAGGAGUGCAUCUUCAGGAACCCUUCAAAUCAAAAAACCACUGAACUUCUGGUGUGGUGGCCGAGUCAACCUUAAAGAUGUGAAAAGUAAACCUGAGCCAGUUUAUGAGCCUGCAACAGGUCGUGUCAUGUGCCAGCUGCAAGCUUGCGGGGCAGCAGAGGUUGAUAUAGCUGUUAGGAGCGCCAGUGCUGCUUUCACAGUGUGGAGUAAACUGGCCGGCAUGGAAAGAGCCCGAGUCAUGCAAGAGGUGGCUAAACUGAUUGAGAAAAGAAGAGAAGAGAUUGCUGAGUUAGAGGUGGUCAAUAAUGGGAAGUCCAUCACAGAAGCUCGUCUAGAUGUGGACUCAGCCAGACUUUGCAUUGAGUAUUUUGCAGGACAAGCCACAACCAUUUCAGGUCAGCAUGUUCAGUUACCCGGAGGAUCGUUUGCCUAUACACGUCGAGAGCCGCUUGGUGUUUGUGUGGGAAUAGGAGCCUGGAACUACCCAUUCCAGAUUGCAGCCUGGAAAUCUGCCCCUGCAAUUGCUUGUGGCAACUCUAUGGUGUUCAAGCCAUCACCGGUGACCCCAGUGACUGCAGUCCUGUUGGCUGAGAUUUAUUCACAGGCUGGGGCUCCAGAGGGCCUGUUUAAUGUGGUGCAGGGUGGAGUAGAGACGGGAUCGUGGCUGUGUCAUCACCCUACUGUGGCUAAGAUCUCUUUCACAGGAAGUGUGCCCACAGGCAAGAAAAUUAUGGAAAUGGCCUCCAGUGGGUUGAAACCAGUGACACUGGAGCUUGGUGGUAAAUCUCCACUGAUCAUCUUUGAGGACAGUGACCUAGAAAACGCUGUUCGAGGAGCACUUAUGGCCAACUUCUUGUCUCAAGGCCAGGUGUGCAGUAAUGGCACAAGGGUUUAUGUGCAUAGCUCAAUUCUUCCUCAGUUCAUGAAAGAAGUAGUAAGAAGAACUAAAGCCAUCCAGAUAGGAGAUCCUCUGCUGGAUGAGACUCGUAUGGGAGCUCUGGUCAGCAAAUCCCACCUGGACAAGGUGUUGGGAUAUGUGAACCAAGCUAAAAAAGAGGGAGCCAGAGUGCUCUGUGGAGGGGAGCCCUUCACCCCUGCAGAUACUAAACUAAAAGAUGGAUAUUACAUGACACCAUGUGUGCUGGGCAGCUGCACAGAUAACAUGACGUGCGUCAGAGAGGAAAUAUUUGGCCCUGUGAUGUCAGUAAUGUCUUUUGACACAGAGGAAGAGGUUCUUCAGAGAGCCAAUGACAGCACUAUGGGUCUGGCUGCAGGAGUCUUUACUAAUGAUGUUAAGAGAGCCCAUCGUGUUAUAGAAAACCUGCAGGCUGGAACUUGCUUCAUCAACAACUUCAAUAUCACCCCUGUGGAGGUGCCAUUUGGAGGAUACAAGGCCUCAGGUAUUGGAAGAGAAAAUGGCCAGGUGACCAUUGAACAUUACUCUCAGUUGAAGACUGUGAUUGUGGAGAUGGGUGAUGUGGAUAGUCUUUUUUAAAUGUCAGCCAGAUGUAUUCUGGUCAUAGAUUAAUGAUUAGACCUUACUGCAAGAUCUUUGUCAAGCACUCAUGUAGCUUUAAGAUUCGCACACACAUGAUUCUUGAUUUUGCACAGUUCUGUUUUCCCUAUUAAGAUAAUUUUUUGUCAAGUAAUGACAGCUGUCUGUGAAUAUAUCACAAUUAAGUGCCUGUGCUGAUAUGAUGUUUUGAUUCUUAAUGAGUAAAAAUUGUGCAAACUGCCUUAAUUUAAAUCAAAGUACCAGGUUUAAUGCAAUUUAAGCCCAAUCGACAACAUUUGUGGCAUCAUUUUGAUUACCACAAAAAAAUAUUAUUAUAAUGUUUUUAAUCAUGAUUACAGUGGAAGUGAAAGGUGGCUAGCCAUAAAUGUCAAAAGAGACACUAUUUCGAAAGUAAAGUAACAAGACUUAAACAUUAAAGUCACACUAACAUCAUGUUAGUACAGGACAUUUAGUGUGACACAAAUACAGCUGAUUGAGCUUAACUUGUAUUUAACCCAGAAAAUUCCUUUAAUGAAACAGUGCCAUUAUAUUUGAAUAUUAAAUAGCUAUAAUAUGAAGGUUUUGGCAUUAAGUUUAUAUAGUGUGUUUUUUAAUCAUAUGCUUUUUAUCGAUAUUUGAAGGUGUGACAUUUUGUCACAUUACUGGUACUUUGGUUAGUUUGAUUUUAUCACUUGUUGUGUAAGGAAACACUAUGUGUAAUACUUUUUUUUUUUGCAUAAUAUUUUUGACCUCAUGACAAGAGGGGUACAUUAAUGUAAUCAGAGAGCUUAUGUAUAAUGAAAAAAUACCCCAUGUAAUAAGAGGUAGUCUACAGUACUGUUUAUUUUAUGUACAUGCUCUGACCUGUAAUGAACAGCUAAUGUGUUGUGCAUUUUGCAACCAUGUUUGUACAUUCAGUGAAGUGAAGAAAAAGUGUAAUCUCAAGAUACAUAAAAUAAUUAAUAAUAAAAAACACUUGGUCAAAAAUGUAUGCAAUGUGCACUACCAUCAAGUUUUUAAACAUUGGCAUAAGCCCCAAUUUCAUCUCUAAAAAAUGCAUUAUUAACUGAUUAUAUAUUUUUUUUAAUUUUUUUUUUUUAAAGGAUUUUUUUUCUUCUCCUUGCCAGUUUGCCUCCUACAUGUUUUCUAUGCAAAUUAACAAUAAGAGAUAAUCAA